AUGGCCUCAACAGCAGGGACUGCUGCCCAAUCUACCCCUCCAUCUCUUUCUCUGCCGCCCUCACAGUUCGCCCGGCUCCAACCUCAUGCCUACCUUCUUGCCCACUUAUCACCACCCUCAUCAAGCAAUAACCCCUCCAUUCGAGCCAAUGGCCGUGCUCCUACUCAGUUCCGCGUGACCUCAGCAAAUGCAGGCUCAUUGACUCAUACAAAUGGCAGCGCGGUGGUGAGAGUCGGCGAUACUACCGCCGUAUGCGGCAUUCGCGCAGAAGUACUGCACACAGAAGACAUUGCCUCAUGGAGCGUGUCGAGGUCGACACCAUCAGCUUCUACCGUGGCGAAUAAGCGUCGGAAAUUAGAAGAUGCAACCGGAAACUCCAAUGAGGGCGAUGGUAGUAGUGAUAGCGACGACGAUGAGUCGCAAAUUCAAGAUCACAAUCUCCUGGUACCGAAUGUCUCCCUGAGCACCGGCUGCGCACCCGGUUUUGUCCCGGGUGCGCCGCCUUCGUCGUUAGCGCAGUCAUUAUCUCACCAGAUUCUCACUCUGUUGCAUAGCACGCCACUCGUUCGUGCAGACGACCUGCGAAUCUGGUAUCAGCCGCCGAAUCUAGGAGCCGAGGAUCUAGAACGGCACAAUGAGAAUGAACAGAUGGACAUGGACGCUCCCCUGGCAGAAUCAGAUGGAAACAAUGAAAAGAACAAAGAGAUCAAAGCGUUCUGGGUUCUCUAUAUCGAUGUCAUGAUUGUCUCAUUGGCGGGAAAUCCUUUCGAUGCUGCUUGGGCCUCUGUCUUGGCGGCUCUGCGAGACACAAAGCUUCCGCGUGCGUGGUGGGAUGUUGACAACGAGAUAGUGGUAUGCUCGGACGUUGUUUCGGAGGCCCGGAAGCUAUCUCUACGGGGUAUGCCCAUCUCGAGCUCAUUUUGUGUCUUUGAAGCCGAUGCGGCUAGCGGUUGGAGAGCUGUCGCGAUUCCUGACGCCGAGGAGGAGAGGAAAAUUACGAAAAGUAGUAGACAGGGCAUGCAGCGGAGGUGGAUCCUGGCCGAUCCCGAUGGAUACGAGGAAGGUCUGAGCCAGGAACGGGUGUGCAUUGUGGUGGAUAAGGAACGCGGCGGGAAAGGCAAGACGACUAUAUUGAAAAUGGAAAAGAAUGGUGGGUUGGCUGUGGACAGUAAGGAAUUAAGAGAGCUUGUUGUUGUGUCUGCACAAAGAUGGGAGGAGUUCAAACUAAUCUUGGAGGGAAUGUGUUGA